AUGCUUUGCAGUAAGCAGGGUGUUCUGGUUCUGCCUGCCUUUGCCCUUCCCCUUGCCUCUGCCCCGGCCCCUGCCCCUCUUUCUGGCUCCUACUCCUCCAUCUUGGCUCUGCUGCUGUUGGGUUGCUUUAGCUUCCUUAUCCAUAUCCACUUUAUCCAUAUUCUCCCCGGGAGCGCAGUUGUUGCCACUCACCCUGCAGUUGCAGCCCAGCUGGUAGCGGUGGUUGAUGCCCUUCUUCUGGGCCAGCGAGAGGCGCUCCCAUGGCUGGUUGAAAUUGCACAGCCCGGUGUAGACCUUGCCGUCGAACACGCGGCCUGAAGGGGGAGAGAGGCUUGGUUACAGAUCAGCUUUUGUUAUGCAUUACAUAUGGGCCCUGUGUAGCUCAGUUGGUAGAGCAUGGCGCUUGCAACGCCAGGGUUGUGGGUUCGAUAUAUAUAUGUAUGCACUCACUAACUGUAAGUCGCUCUGGAUAAGAGCGUCUGCUAAAUGACUAAAAUGUAAAAAAUGUAAUAAUUCGUGAAUUAUUUCAUGACUUACAAAACAUUCAUUACAAUGGUUUGUUGGUUUCCCCAAAAAACUGAAGACUGAAAAACAAUGGCAUGUCAUAUUCCCAAUGCCAUGGGAAAGUGUCAGAUGUCCAAAGAGUCAGAUGUCAUCCCUAGCAUAUUUUUGGCUAAUUGUAUAAUUGCCAUACCUCGCCUAGCAUAAAUACAACAGUCAAGCAAACGGUCCAAAGCUUUUUAACUAUGGUAAGAUAAUCUUGUACAGUAGGUCCCAUAUUAAACCAACACCCCUAUUUCAGAAUUUCCAAAAGGUUGUCUAACAUCUAUUUUUAGGUUGUUCACAGCUUACCAACGAUGUCUGGAUGACAACCUCUGCUGCAAACAGGUUCACCCUACACUGUAGCCCGCCAGCUAGCACUCAAACAACAUGGUUGUUUGUAACAGUGCUACACUGUUCUGUCGUCAUCACACACUGAGCUGAAAGCUCACAAACACACAACUCUUAGACCGACUUCCAUAUGGCUUAUUGGCAUCUCUGGCAAAGUUAUUAGACAAUGGUGAGAGCGGCAUUAGCCUGUUCCUAAUUUGUAGUUGGUAUAGUAGUUGGUAAGACAGCACAAGCAGAUCUGGGACCAGGCUAGUGCAGCACCCCUCUUCAUAGCUAAUCAGGCGGCCGUGCACUCACUCUGGGUUGAUCAAAGCCCAACCUGUGGAGCUGAUCUAUCAGGCCUUGGCGUAUUUAACAUGCCUGUAAUUGAGUCCUGAUACAGUAUGGCCCAGGGACCCAAGACCCAAUUAUAGACUCACUUUCCAAACCAGAGCUAGAGCUGUUGCCUGGCCUGGCCUGGAUGACUGUGAUGUCAUCAUCACCCAGCCACAAUAAACACACACUUGUGUUGCCGGGGUGAUUUCCUUCCUUAUGUUUCAUUGGCUUCGUAGGGCAUGUUUACAGGUUUGGGACGUAGUGGUGGGAACAUACAACACACAGCUAAAAAGUAUGACGGCCUUAUGUCUCACUAAACUGCUCUCCGACUUAGCAACUCAUUGGCUCAGAGACAGUUUCUAUCUACAAGCCAUCACUGCCAAACACUUGAAUUGGGCUGACCACUUGCGCUGACUCUGCACCUUAGCACACAUGCGCUCACGCACACACCCACACUGACAUACACUCAUCCACACACACGUAUACAUUUAUACUACACACACAUCACAAAUAUGUGUGUGUAGCAUGCAAGGAAGCAUUUCGUUGGACGGUGUAUGCCAUGUGUAUCCUGUACAUACAACUAAUAAAUAGAAGUUGAACUUGCCUGCCUGCACUGGAAACGCCAGAACUUCUCGCUAGAACUGUUAAUUAUAAGAGACGAGGAGGGAAACGUUUUCUGCUGAGAAGGAAAUGCUUCAAAAAAGAAGUGCCCCCCUGCCUCUCUUUCGUCUCUCACAGACAGGAGGUUAUAAAUAGUGGGAAAGUUUGUGUCACAGAGCAGUCAAGAAGUCUUCAGGGAGGAGGGAAGGGGGAGGAGGGGGUUGCAUUUAAACAAAACUAAAACUGGGGCUGCCGUUAGCAACGCCGCCAUUGUGGUGGGAAGUGUUGCAGAGGGGGAGUUAGGGAAACAGGCCUGGGAGAACAAGCUGGAGUCAACGCCACUGAUGUGCUUGCUUGCCUCGCUAAUUUGUUUUUGGUCAUGUGCUUCUGAGGCAGCUCCUGAGGCUGUUUUUAUUGCUUAUUAAUAGCUCUGAAUGGAAAGACAUAUUGUUUCUGGCACCACCAUGACAACUGUGCAGCCCGCCAAGUACAUUAGAUAGCCGCUUUUCAGAUCAGUGGUACUGUAUGGUAGACUAGUGACUCACCUGUGAUCAGGUACUGGUACUUGUUUAUGUCGAACUUGACUCCACACAAACUCUCAGAGGCAUCUGUGUAGAUGUGCUGAACGUGCUGCAUCUGCAUUUUGUUGAAUCCUUUGUACAUCUGCAAAACAGACCACGACAAACGGUGUGUUAAACCGAUUAUAAUCUGGAACGAAUAUCACACACCUCUGACACUUGUUCUUGCUUUUGACGCUUUUGACGCAACUGGAAUUAUUGAGUUGUUCUCGAAGUUGUCAGGAAUCCACAACAAUAAACAAACACAGUAUAACGAGAUGAUAUCGCUUCCAAGAAUUCAGUGUAGUAGAGGAAAAGGCCACUGAUGCUAUCAUUAACCACAUGAAAACUAACAUAAUUACAGGACAUAAUGAAGAUGUGACUUUGGGGUUGAACCGUGGGUCCGCCCAUUGAGUUCAGGUGCGCGGAACACAAACGCUGCCGGACAAAGUAAAUGUUUGCCCUGGGAUUUGUUGUUUAUUCCGUUGUGAUUUAUUUGUCUAGGAACAACAGGAAAUCCCUGUUUAGACGCGGCUAUUCUUGGAAAUAACAGGACAAACUGUGAAAGAGGCGAGCCACUGGGACCUAAAACGGGGGAUUUCUGGAAAAUGUUUCUAGGGGGUUUUCCAGAGUGCGGUUAUUCUCUUCAAGGUAUGGGCCAGAUUACGUAAGACUCGGGCUGAAUGAUGCGAUGAUGGCUUACCUUCAUCUGUUUGACCGUGUAGCGCAUGGUUCCAAAAGGCCCAUCCUUCAGUAACUUCUUGCCCACCACUUUGGCACGGAUCACUGUAGACAGAGGACACAAGCACAGAAUUCAUCAAUUAUGCGAUGGACAAAGAUUGUAGAGCCUCUAGCUGACAAAUCCAGCAUAUUGGAUGAUUCCGAAUUCAGGUCACAUCAGAGCAAGUCAUGUCCCCAUCUCCGUCCCUGACGUCUGGAGCCAGGCUGACGUGUUUGUGUGAGCAUCAAAAGAGAAGCCUAAAUAGUAGGUCCAAUAUGUGUUCAACAUCCCAACACAUCACCCUAACAGAUGCUUUAGCUAGAAGUAUGGUGAUAUCAACUCCCGAUUUAAGACCCUAGAAUGCAUUGGGCUGUGCAUUGCUUUUCCAAAGGAUCAUUAAAAUCCCAGCCCCUAGAGGAGAGACCCAGUUUAUAAUCUAUUUAUUUGUUUUUCUGGAUUGCUUCUGCUUGCCAAACAAGUCCAAUGGAAGACUAGGAGCUAGCAUUUGAAUUUGACUCAGAGGCCAAAGCAGUUCUUCAGACCUUUUUUACUACCUCCCUCCAGCCUUAUCCCUGUAUCAUAAAACCAUUUAUCUCCACUGUUUAAACAACCUCCUUUCUUUAAAUUCAGCACAGGGUGAAAAAAGAUCUUAUCAGUGCUGCUCACCCUCAUGUAAACAGCGGCUAGGUGAAACAGUUCAGCUGUGGAAUCGCCUUUUUUGCUUUCACUCCUUUUAAAGUAAGUGGGUCCAUUGUGUGGGGGAUCGGCUUAUGAGCUAAGCCUAAUUUAGGCCAGUGAAUAGGGUCCCCAGAGUACCUGUAUCAGAGCUCUGGGCCCCCCCGGGGGAGAAGGGGUAGUCGACAUGCAGGCGCAGUCGACUCGAGUCAAAUUCACCUGCUACCCGCAGCCUGACAGCCACAGACAUAACUAACGGUGGGGAUGUUUGUCUUUCCUCUCCGGAAUUUCCUUCCCACAUUCCUUUGAGGCUCACAUUCUCCAGCCGGGGGGGAAAUAAAGGGAAGCGCGUCUCACUCCUCUAGACAGAGUGAAGAAGGGAUGUACUGUAACAUCUCCUCUUAUAGCGUCAUAGUCUGUAUUUAAGUCCCAGACACACAGAAAUGGGCAGCAAAGGGAGUCUAAAGGAAAAGCAGUAAUCAUGUUGGCUUAUGAAUAGAAAAGACUCACAUGCUCACAUUUUCACCUUCCAGUUUAGAAUGACAUGACUCUCUAAUAGAGUAUCUGCCAUCCAAUUGAUAGAGAAUCACACAUCCAUCUAUAAAGGACAUCUGCUCUAUUAAUCUGUCAAUUCGCAUAUUAUGAGCCUCAAAGCAUUGUUACCUAACCAGUCUCUGCUAUGCAGAAUCAAAUGAAUGCUACUUUCACUGAUGUAAUUGUAUGGAGCAUAGGCACUAUUACUGUGGCAUGUGAAGAUAUGAAACAUAUGAUACUCUGAUCCCUCCUUAUGUAAUGUGAUGCACUGCUCCCUCAUAAUGCUCUGAUCCCUCAAACUAUUUUCAGAAGCCAGUAGCCCAAAACCUGCCUUCCCCUUAAAACCUAAACUCCAUUGCAAAGACAGCUUUCCCCACCCAAAAUGAUAAGACUCCAAUUCCAAAGAGCUUUGCAUUGAACCUUCAAAAUGUUAUUAGGCGUAGGAGUCAUAUCGCUGAACAAGAGCGCAACAGUAACACCAAAUGCCCUUUGAGGCGGGAUACGCUCGCCACUGGGCGGGCAGCCACUAAUUUGGAUGGUGCCGAUGUCAUUGCCUGGCGGAAUGUGUGAAAGGCCGCAGCUGCUGGUGAGACAGAGGAUUUGUGUUAUUCCCUACAGCGACCCUUUGACCAUCCAAGGGAAGGGCCCUAAGUAGAACUCAGAAUGAUAGCUAUAUUUACCACUGACCACAGUUCUCUUUCAAUAUGCCUCUUCAGGCUAGGUCUGGGCCCCCGCCGUCCCCAGAAAAAUGACAAAGUUUGUGUCCUCUCUCUUCUCUCUCUCUCUCUCUCUCUCGCUCUCUCUCUCUCUCUCUCUCUUCCCUCUCCUCUCCUCUCUCUCUCUCUCUCUCUCUCUCUCUCUCUCUCUCUCCUCUCUCUCUCUCUCUCUCUCUCUCUCUCUCUCUCUCUCUCUCUCUCUCCUCCUCUCUCUCUUCUCUCUCUCUCUCUCUCUCUCUCUUCUCUCUCUCUCUCUCUUCUCUCUCUCUCUCUCUAUACACACACACACACACACAUAAGUUGCAAUUACAGGCGAGUGCUAUUCUCCUGUUUCUGCCACAUACAUAUUCAUGUUUUGCAGUGGAUUUGACAUACAUUCCCAUUGGAAAGUAGGUGGAUUGGGGUAUGACAGAGAAAGUAAUUGAAUUCAUUUAGCACAGUAUCUCUUCUCCUGAAGCAUGGGAUUACUAAUCUAUGCAUUCAAAUGCUAGUCGCAACACAAGUGAGAAUGUAAUUCAAUCAAGCAUUUUAAACCUCCUGCUUUACAUUUUGCCUGUGAAUCUUGUGAGGCACCUCAGGCUAAAUUGUGAUUACAGCAAACCGAGUGCAUGAUUAGGAGAAAGUCACCAUGACAAGGUUGACAUAGACGGAAGAAGAAGGGAAGGAUAGGGGAAAAGUAAUGUGGUGGUGUAUAACCAGUGUUGUCAACUAUAUGUGUGUAUGAUGGUAAGAGAGGGAGAGUGAGACUGAUUCUGAACAUGAUCUGACGUUAGUGGAAAACGAUGCCACUUAGUAUGACACACUCACUGGGUACUCCACUCAAAAAAGAAACUACUCUCUCUAUAAGUACUCUUCCUCUUUUCGAGGUGCCAGAGCUGACCUCGCCUGUAGUGGGAUUACACUUGACCUGAAUAGAAAAGGAAUUUCCCACCAGUUCGCCGAAGACAUAGAAGCAAUUUAGCCAACAUGGGAUGUGUAGUUCUGAUUUAAAAAGUAAUGCACUAUAUAGGGAAGAGGGUACUAUUUCAGGACUGCACUGGUGGUUUGAAGUUGCGUGGUCUGGAGAAAAGGGAUGGCUUAGAUACUCGAUAUGCCUGUCUCACAGGGUGUACAUGUCAAACAUGCAGGGAAUCUUGCCCCUUUUGACCUAUUUUAACAGGAAGAAACACUGACCUUAUGGAAUGAAGCUGCUUUGAUUGCACCGAGCUGAUCCCAGAUGACAUAAAGUUCCUCAUAAUAGGGGCCCAUCUCCCUUUGCCAGUUGGGAAGAGGAUUGGGAAGCAUAGUAGAGAAUAGGAUUGAGUUUUGCAUUAUUGCAACCUAUAGUAACUUAGAGAAACAUGUAGUUUUGAGCUAUUGCUAACUAAGGUUCUUAUCCCAGGCAAAGCCACACUUACCCACAGCAGUAAUCUUCUAUACUGAAUCGGUGCAUGGUACAAGAAUGUGAAGGUCUGCUCCUGACACCUCAGCUCCUUGGGAACGAGGGCCUUGGCCUUGAAGGGAUAUUAAACUCCAGGGCCAAAGUGUAGCUAGGGCCGACCGAAACGCUAAUCUGCUGCAUAAAAAGCUUUAGAAAAACAGACUUCCCCUCUCUUCCAAUGUGAAUGGGCUGUUUCAGUCACCAAGUAAAUUGCAGCCCAGUAGGUCUGCUGUGCACAAAAACUCUCUCUCUCUCGCUCGCUCUCUCUCGCUCUCUCAAUUCAAUUUCAAUUUCAAUUUAUCAAAUUCAAUUCAAUUUAAGAGCUUUAUUGGCAUGGGAAACAUAUGUUUACAUUGCCAAAGCAAGUGAAAUAGAUAAUAAACAAAAGUGAAAUAAACAAUUUAAAAAAUGAACAGUAAACAUUACACUCACAAAAGUUCCAAAACAAUAAAGACAUUUCAAAAGUCAUGUUAUGUUCAAAUAGUUAAAGUACAAAAGGAAGAAAAAAAUUAACAUAAAUAUGGGUUGUAUUUACAAUGGUGUUUGUUCUUCACUGGUCGCCCUUUUCUUGUGGCAACAGGUCACAAAUCUUGCUGCUGUGAUGGCACACUGUGAUAUUUCACCCAAUAGAUAUGGGAGUUUAUCAAAAUUGGGUUUGUUUUCAAAUUCUUUGUGGGUCUGUGUAAUCUGAGGAAAAUCUCUUCUCUUUCUCUCGUAGCCUACGUAUGCAGCAAGAAAAAAAUGACAGGAAAUGGCUAUCCGACUGUUGUCUAGAAAUGCAAGGAAGGGUUCAUUGAGAGAACGUAUAUCAGCCGACCUAGUUUAACUCCUUACGCUGCCAGCCAAAUGCUAUAUCAUAGCCAGCCGCUGCACUGUUUGCUGAUUGCAAAGUUACCCUCAGGUUAUUUGGAGUUGGUAUUUAACAUGUUUUUUCCUCUUUGUUGUAUUUUUUUUAUAUGUAUCCUCAUUUCCUCAAUUCAAGAUGUCUGUCUGAUUCAUCUAUUAGGGCGGGUGCUGCUGGUGAUUACGGAACAGGGCCUAUGAAACAACAGGAGCAGGCUUUGAACUCGCCUCUGGCUCUUAAAUUAGGAUGAUUCAUGUUCUACCGUGUCGCCUUUGAAGUUGACAGUGGAAAUUAGCCUCUCUCCUCACUCAGCGUUACACCUGAGGGGAGCUUAAGGUCACCAUUUGCAUUUUAAUCCACAUAUAGAUAUUCACACUGUGUGUAAACCAUAGCCGUUUGACAGUAGUCCUCAAAUAAGAGUCAGCCCUAGGGUUCAAUGUAAUGUUCAUUUUGGCAGCUAUUUUAGAUUUAGUUUUAGUCCUUAAAAUACACUUUAGCUUAGUCACAUUUUUGUCAUUUCAUCCUUCGUUAGUUUUAGUUAUUAUCAGUAGACUAAAACUCUGGACAAUUUUAGUCUACUUUUAGUCACAGCCCUUUUAGUCACAUAAUAGUCAGUGCAUUUGUUUCUAUUAAAUAAUUAAUAUUUACGCUACCUCUAACUUCCAUCAUGUGCACAUUCAGAUAUCCUUGUCCAACUAGGCCUACUAUUCCUUCGUAUACCUUAGCUGCCAACAUUGCGUGGAGGAUUGUAUCCAAUGCCAGCCAUAAUUAUAGGCUGUCAAGGGGGUAAAUAAAAGUGGUUUCCUUGAUAAGGGGAGAAUUUGAGCUUUACAAAAAUGCCAGAAAUAUUACUGUACUCCUAAUAUUCAACAAAUAGCAUUUGUUUUUACCAUAGGAAAAAAGCAACCGCAACUCGCAUUUGCAGACCACAGCGCGAGAGCGGCAACACCGAUGAAUGAAUAACAGCGCACAUGGGAAAAUAGAGCUUCUGAAAUGAUCAAAGCAAAAAUAGCCUAUAUGAAAGUAAGAGAGCGAGAGUAAACAUUGAGUACGUGUACAUGCACACUAAUAAUUCGAUAUUAAACUGAUUAUAGCAGAAGGCUGAGUAUGGCAUUAGUCAUGUAAACACCUUACUCUGUUUAUCCUAAUCGGCAUAAAGUCAUAAUCGAAGUAGGCAUACGCCGAUUAAAACACCUGGUUUUCUGAGUAAUCUUUCAAAUUAUUAGGACAGCAAACAGCUUAAUCGGCGUUCCAACGGUGUAUUUGAUCUGCGCAUGUGCCAGCACGAGGUAGCGCAAGCUUCCCUCUUAUGCGCGAGUGAAGUGAGUUUGGAAAAACGAAGUAUGCAUCUUAUAAAUAGUUUUCACGUACAAACGUUAUAUGUUUGAACUCCGAAUCAAAUAGUAUUCUCAAAAAUAACAUGGUCACUGUGGUAGAACGUUUAUUUUGAUUGCCUAUUUUCUGCAUUUAUCGAAAGUUCCAUCAGUAGCCUGAUUUCAGAUGUGUCCAUGUAAACAGGAUUAUUAGGUAAAUGGUUCUUCUUGCAAAGCAUGUAAACGUUUUAAAUUAACUAUUAUAUUAACCUGACUAUCCACAAUAAUCACAAUAUUGUGUUCAUGUAACCGUGGUCAGUGUUUCUAGUUGAGGUUAGUUAUAAGUCAAGUGUCCUGGCUUCGCAUCAGUUCAAAAAGAUUGACGAGUGACUGAAGUGAUCGCCUGGAGCUGUGUGGGAUCACUCAAUCAGACCGUGCAACUGAAAGAUAUCAAUUCUGCCAAUGAAAGGAUUGCAUUAAAUAUUCUGCAUGCAUGCAUGCAUGUUUAGGAUUGGACAAAACAGACAGAUGAAAAUGAGCUUCACGUCAAAUGAAAUGUCCAUUAGUCUCACGGGGGAAGUCUCGUCACAUUUCUGUCAACUAAAAUGAAAAGUAAUUUGUAAUAGUUAUAGUUUUUUUCCACAGGGCAUCUCGUCUCAUUAUUGUCAUAGUUUUAGUCAGGAAAAAUAGGUUGUUGACAAGUAUUUUUCGUCAUAGUUAUUGUUGAGGAAAUAAACAGACCAUUGAAAGUACUGUUCAAAUGAAAUGGGGGGGAAAAGAUGGGGAUAAAGUCCUUCAUAGUGAAUAUUUUGUAAGGUAUAGAUCUGCAUACAGUACGUUUUAGGGGUAUCUUGACACUAAGGUUUAUCAAAGGUGACAUUUUCUUUAAACAUUCAUCAAACGCCAGUGAAGUGAUGCAUUGCAAGGCCAUGUAAAGCUUUUGGACCUGCGUUUCGUCCCAGAAAAUGGACUUGCGCUGUUUUGACAAGACUGCAGCACAUGUUUGUUUGAACAUGCCCAGGGGACACACAUCAGAAUAUCCAUCAUAACUCUAGGUGUUGCCAGGAGAUAACUGUUAUCCUCCACCGUCCAAAUACAUCAUGUUCAUGCCAAACUCCAUUUACAGUUGGCUUACAACAUGAGCUAUCGGAAUUUAACAUGGGAAAUCUUGCCCAAAAAAUGUCAUCAGUUGCAUAAUAAUUAUGCAAUAAAGUCAUCAUAAGUUUGCAUGUUCAUGAUAACUGCACUAGAUUCCCUAUCAUAACAGAAGCCCAACACUAUCUUCAUUCCACUGUCUCUAACUGAAAGCAAUAGCCUUCAUUAUUGCUCAAUGAGCUUAAGAUGGAUAUAUGGUCAAAUUAAUUUGGAAAAAGUGUGCAUGUUACUCCAAUAUAAUUUUCUCAAGCUUUGUCCAUGGCCAAUUGUUCCACUGGGAAAAAUAACUCUACAGUUGUGUUAUCUACAUGAUGAAAUGUGAUCCUGGCAUGUUUACAGUGUUGUGUUUUAUCAGGACUAUAGUUCUGUACACGCUACAGGCAUUCGUGACGCACUUCUGGCUGAGCCAAGACCUUGGAAAUGGAAUUUUGUGGAGCUCACAAGUGCUAACUUGCAGCCAGUGAAGCCAGCCCUAGAUUCUGGCCCACUAGAUUCUGGCCCCUUGCCAAUGGGAUGAGCCAACUUAGGGGACAUGAAAGGCAGGGUGCCACCUGACUGCUUGCGACACUAACAUUUGUACAUCUUCAACACAAUGGAACCAGGUCACCAACUAGCAUAAGCAUUGCCCCAGUAAUUAUAGUUAAAUAACAUGCAAUGCUCAUCAAUGCUGUUAGAAGCUGAGGAAAUGUGUGCAUAAAUACGUUGGUGUUUGACAUGAAUGGUCAACCUGCCACUUGCAUGAGAGAGUGUUAUUUUUGAACAGUUGCCAUAUGUUGAAAAGUCAACAUCGCUUUCUCUCCUCUGACCUCGUCAGGCUUCAAUCAUAGACUUGGGAUCACUGCAGAAGAAACAUGACAUCUUAGUAGUGUCCUCAACAAGAGCCCGCCCAUGGGGCGGAACAGCUCUGCUGUCCUCUUCUCCUCCUCUCCGGGGCAUUGGACCACUCUAUGCUACCCUAAUGGAUGUUUGAUGUCUGUUUCUGACAAAGCUAUCUGUGUGCGUGUGUGUGUAGGGAUGACUGGUCGAACACACACACACACACACACACACACACACACACACUCUGCCUGCUGCCAGCAGUUCCGUUCCACAAUACAAAAGAGCUGCACACAGUUCUCCUAAUACUGUAUAUCCCAGUGGACUCUCUCUUUCACUCUACCUUUUCCCUCCUGCUUUAGACCCCCGCAACACUUAUUAAUGCUCAGGCUUAUCAAAUAAUCCCUUACUCCUUUUCAGGAAUGAGUCUCCUGCAGCAACAGCGGCGAGCCAGGACCCACCUGGUCUUAACAAGUGUUAUCCAAUAACACUGCUCAGGUUGGACUGGCAUUCCUCGAUAAGAACAGCUGACUUCAUGUUAUUCUGGCAUAGUCUGUGAAGGCACGACCCAGUGGCCAAGGAAAUCUCAGCUACAAGUGGGUCCGAGGAUCAGCUCCACAAGAAAAUAUAUCUAGAAUCAACACAGAAAAUACCAGUGCACCUAAGUCAAUAACCAAGGCUUUAUUAUACCAAUGCUGACUUCAUUUCUCUAUAUCAAAUGCCUGAAUGGAAUGAAUCUGCCCCCUAUUGGAAAGUAAAGGUGCUUUCGUAGAAGAGCACAAACACUUUGAAGGGCAAUGCUAUACCAAUAGGACGUAGAAUUCACAAAUUGAUUGCAAGAGCACUUGCUUAACAUUCCUAGCCAAGUCCUGGCUCUUACAUGUUAUGGGAAGCCAGACAGAACAGAAGAGCAUCCAAGAGCACAAGAUCCAAGAACAGUAGCUAGUCUCCACUCCAAAUCUGCCAUUGGUAACCUCCACACAUGGGUGCAAUAUUCGGUCAGCAGUAAAACCCUUGGCUGGCUACUGUCUGCCUGUUCUGUUCUGGUUUAUUGCUCAGCAAGUGGUAAUUUAGCUCUGAAAAACAUAAUGAUCAGUGGGACCUGUUUCCAUGGAUACCGUUCCCGUUAACUCUUCCCUCUCAUCAGAGCAAGGGGAAAUAAAGUAAAGCUUCCUCUCUCUUGACUCACUAAUUUGAGAGAUGACGAAUUUAUUUAGACUACUCAGAAAGCGUGCUGUUGUAGUAAACCGUUAGCCUACGAGCCAUCUGAUACUCAAACUGGUAUAUUCUGACAUUUUUAAACAUUCUGUUUGUUUUAAAUGGCGUUUUAGGUGAUGGUUACAUUUUACGCAUAACUUUGUUUGGCAGAGAUUUACCCAUUACGCAUAGGUCCCAGACUGAAAGUUGCAUCGCUUUGUAUUAACAACAGUUUCUUAUUCUAUUCUAUGUAUGCAGAAUAUCACAAAACCACUGCAAAAAUACAUUUAAAUAGAGAAAAUAUUUUUGUUGGCAUAACAUAUAGUCUAUGUGGCCACAAACCAUGCGACUUACCUAUGUCAGAGUUGCAGUAAGCAUCUUGCGGGUGCGACAGAGCACACGAGCAAGCCUCUGUGAGUUCAUGAAUCUGAAGGCUGCUGAAAACGAACAGCAAGCUGAGCAGUUGGUGACAGAGGGACUGCAUUUUCUAGUGCGUGAAAUCUCCCUUGUCUGUUUACUUUACAACAAAAAGUUAUGUCGCCGAAUAGUUAUUCAAAGUCUGUCCCGAGUUGAGCUCUUGUCUGCUUCAGUGCGUAUGUCCAGCUCUACUCUCACCGUCAGGGUAUUGCCUGUCAAUGCGCCUCAGAGCGCGAGUCACAAAUUACAUAUAGUGCGGGAGACGCUGGAACGCCACACACUUCGCCAGAUUUCGCGGCAUAACAGCCAAUCACGACUCGAGCCGUCUCGAUGAUGUCAUAAGAAUAACAGCUGCAUGACAUAUUGGAAUUGAUUUUACAAUGCUUUCUCUUUUUAUUCAAAAUAUUAUUUCCCCCCUUUCACUUUUGUCACUUAAACAUCCAGCUAGUAAACAUUCGCUGUCUGAGUGAUGGAAAAACCAUAGAGCUGAAUGUAGCAUCACAAGGAGCAUUGAUUUAUUAUAAGUCAUGGGAAACUUGGCAUAUUGUUAGUCGUUUUACCUGUUUGUUAUAAAUUUAGCAUUAGCAGACGCUCUUAGCGACUUACAGUUAGUAGGCAUACUCUUUAUUUUAUACCCCCUUGGGAAUCGAACCACACCAUGGCGUUGAAAGCAUGUGGCUACUUAUGCGGCAUUCCAUCCCCUACCCUGGACGACGCUGGGCCAAUUGCGCGCCGCCCCAUGGGUCUUCCGGUCGCGGCCGGCUGGAUUCGAACCAGGAUCUCUAGUGGCACAGCUAGCACUGCGAUGCAGUGCCUUAGACCACUGAGCCACUCAGGUUUAUUUUAACAGUGAAACAGCAACAUGUACAAUUAGGUUUCCUUUGGGUGUAUCAGAAAGACAUGGUUUUGUGUUUUUUCUAGGCUCACCACUAAAUGUCAAUUUAUGUUCCGUGAACUUCUGUAGCAUUUUCUGGUCAGUGAUCAAGGCUAAAUUCCAGGCAGUAAUGGACCUUUUCAUUUAGUCAAAAAAACUUGGCCUCUACACUGUUUUGCACCUGUUGUAUUAAACAGUGUAUGCUUAUGAAUACACCUCUAAUGUGAGAACUACAGAACCCUUUUAUACCUUUGAAAAUACAUUCCAAAUGACCUCUGAGUAUUGGCAUUAGUCUCACAACCAGCCUCAUUUUCAAAAGCUUCUCAUGCUGAAGUUGAGAGAGAGAGAGAACAGUGUUUCUCAAGUGACCCAGUGUGAGCGAUGGUAAAAUCCUUCACGCUGGCUACAAUCUCUAGAAUUAGACAAAUUAAUCAGUUUUCUCUCCCCUCUGUUUUUAUUUACACUACCAGUCAAAAGUUUGGACACACCUACUCAUUCAAGGGUUUUCUUUAUGUUUUACCAUUUUUUACAUUGUAGAAUAAUAGUGAAGACAUCAACACUAUGAAAUAACACAUAUGGAAUCAUGUAGUAACCAAAAAAGUGUUAAACAAAUCUAAAUAUAUUUAAUAUUUGAGAUUCUUCAAAUAGCCACCCUUUGCCUUGAUGACAGCUUUGCACACUCUUGACAUUCUCUCAACCAGCUUCAUGAGGUAGUCACUUGGAAUGCAUUUCAAUUAACAGGUGUGCCUUCUUAAAAGUUAAUUUGUGGAAUUUCUUUAUUUCUUAAUGCAUUUGAGCCAAUCAGUUGUGUUGUGACAAGGUAGGGGGGGUAUACAGAAGAUAGCCCUAUUUGGUAAAAGACCAAGUCCAUAUGAUGGCAAAUAAUAAGCAAGAGAAACGACAGUAUAUCAUUACUUUAAGACAUGAAGGUCAGUCAAUACGGAAAAUGUCAAGAACUUUGAAAGUUUCUUUAAGUGCAGUCGCAAAAACCAUCAAGCGCUAUGAUGAAACUGGCUCUCAUGAGUUACCAGCCUCAGAAAUUGCAGUCCAAAUAAAGGCUUCACAGAGUUCAAGUAACAGACACAUUUCAACAUCAACUGUUCAGAGGAAACUGUGUAAAUCAGACCUUCAUGGUCGAAUUGCUGCAAAUAAACUACUACUAAAGGACACCAAUAAGAAGAAGAGGCUUGCUUGGGCCAAGAAACACAAGCAAUGGACAUUAGACCGGUGGAAAUAUGUCCUUUGGUCUGGAGUCCAAAUUGGAGAUUUUUGGUUCCAACCGCCGUGUAAAGACGCGGUGUGGAUGAACGGAUGAUCUCCACAUGUGUAUUUCCCACCGUAAAGCAUGGAGGAGGAGGUGUUAUGGUGUGGUGAUGCUUUGCUGGUGACACUGUCUGUGAUUUAUUUAGAAUUCAAGGAAAAGCAGCCAACAAGUGCUCAGCAUAUGUGGGAACUCCUUCAAGACUGUUGGAAAAGCAUUCCAGGUGAAGCUGGUUGAGAGAAUGCCAAGAGUGUGCAAAGCUGUCAUCAAGGCAAAGGCUGGCUAUUUAAAGAAUCUCAAAUAUAAAAUAUACUUUGAUUCGUUUAAAACUGUCUUGGUUACUACAUGAUUCCAUAUGUGUUAUUUCAUAGUUGUGAUGUCUUCACUAUUAUUCUACAAUGUAGAAAAUGAGUAGGUGUGUCCAAACCUUUGACUGGUACUGUAAGUGUUCAGAAACCUGAGUGGAGAUAUCACUGUGUGUGGAGGCUGAUCUGUGGAAGGGAUAGGGAGCCACAUUAGGGGUUAGGGUUGAGAGUUAUAUAACAAAGCCAGAGUAAUCCCAGGCUAAUGAACUAUGACCCUUUAGCCCCUCUCAUUAACACCUUUUUAGAACGCUCCCCAUUAACCUCAAUAGGAACAGGCCCAGCAGGCAAGGCUGGUGGAAAUGACGUCAUUACAAUCAGUUAACAACCCAGAGUUAGCUGUGACGUUUAUAAUUGUCUUUUAACUGAGCUUCUCAGCUGGAUCAGGGUGGUGUCCAACAUUUCCGUCUGAUGUCCCUGAGGAUUCCUCUAACAAAUACUCCAAUAACCAGAUUACGUCACCAUGGCCUCGAUUUAAGCCACAUAACCUCUGUCAAUGUAAUGUUUUAUAGUUAUUAUCUAACAUUUCUGAAGUCACUUUAUAUAAAAAGAGUGUGACAAAAGAGAAUGGCAUGGGGAGGGAGGCGCAGCCUUGGAUGCUCUCUGUGAUAUCCCUCAUGACGUUUCCGUAUUACCCAAUCUGUCCUUUACACAAAAAACGCCAUAGGACCUUCUGGAAAUGUUGUUGUCCUAAGUAGGCCAACAUACUGUAAGCAUAAUGCAGGCACAAAGUGAAUAAUUUCAUCUCUAUAAAAAUGUAUAUAAAAAGUGCCUAUUUAGUGCGAGCUGCCCAGCCAGCCUUCAGGGAGCCUGGGAAGGCAUUGUGCGCUGAGAGGUGUUUGAAGGCUCUGUGUGGUUCUGUAAUGACAAAAGGGAGCAGGCGGUGACUCAGAGGAAAUACCUUUCAUGCGACUGACAAGCCGUUAAAUAGACACCGGAAGAGGCGAAAGUUGAAAAGAUAGCAGCGCUGAGAGAGGGUCUCCGGGGUAUCUCAUCCAAACGUGCAUGACUCACUGGGGUUCCUGCCUGUUGGUCCUCCUACGCUACUCCCUCUCCCACAUGCCAUAGUGCUUAAGGGAGACAUGGCCCCCUUUUUGCUUUACUGCUGUUUAUUUUAAAGAAAACAUGUAAAAUACUACGGUUAAUGAGAUUAGCAAUGCACAUACUGUAUGGUAGUAAAACCAAUCAAGGUUGACAAGGCUCAAGUUUACACUACAUUCCAUCCCCCUAACCAAACAAAAUGGCCUGAGUGAAUUCACUUAGGCUAACUCACCCACACAUACAGUGGCUUUAGACAUUGGUAAACAUUUCCCCUGCGUGCCAAACAGGCCUGUGAGACUAAUAGAGGGUAAGUGAGAGAUUAUUUAAUUGAAACUUCCUGGACGUUUGGUCCUGCAGGUCAAACAAACACCCCAUUCAGUCAACUGGUGUUGGACUUCAUUUGUGAGUGAAGAUAAUAGGUGUUGGGCAUCAAUCUUUAAUCUUGGCACCCAGAACCAAAUGUCACGCUGGCAGGCUACUUGAUAUGCCAUUAGAGACUACAUCAUCUUAAAUGAUGUAGUCGUUGUCCGUUUUUCGCAGUAUAAAAGGAAGCCACUUCUUGUGCGAUAAAGUCAAGCAUUCUAUCUCUGAUCUGUCAGCACAUUGUGAUACCCAUUGUUUAGAUGAUUGUGAAGCUGCUCUAGGAUCUACGUCUUAUCUUCUAGGAGGUCAACUAGGAAACCUGGAAGCAUUAUCGUGACCCGGAAACGUUUUCAUCUCCGUAUUUAUCAGCAGCUCAUUCAUCUACACCGCUCUUUAAAACAUUUCAUCUUCAAAGCAAGAUGUCACAGACAGCUCCUUAUCUUUUGAUGGUUAUACCCAUUAUAUCGCUAUGGUGAAACCACUGUCAGUUCACUGUUCCCAUUAACUAACAGUGAGAUUAUGGCUAUCAGUUCACGUUCAAUGGAGACCUCUGACUACUAGGAAAGGGAAACACGUCCCUGACCCUGACCUGUGCUCUCCAUCUCACUCACAAUGGUACUCCUGCUCCCAGCAGUUAAAGUAUGAUGAACUGUCAGUGACAGGAGGGGAGGCAGCCUCGGCCAAAGUCGUGACAGCCUGGGAUGUUAGAAAUUUAUUUAGGUGUACCAUUCCAAUGAUCUAUGUGCUGUCAAGCUAGAAAGUAAACCUGGUAACCGUACACUGUUUUAUGAGUUACUGGAAUCGCUGUCAUUGGGUGUUUAUAUUGUUUCCUAGCCUUCUCAUCCUUGCAACAGGCAAAGUGUCAAUAUUGGACUAAGAUUGAAUCCUACUACAGUUGCUCUGAUGCUCGGAUGUGGCAGGACUUGCAAACUACAAAGGGAAACCCAGCCGCAAGCUGCCCAGUGACGCGAGCCUACCAGACGAGCUAAAUGCCUUUUAUGCUUGCUUCUAGGCAAGAAACAUUGAAGCAUGCUUGAGAGCACCAGCUGUUCUGGACGACUGUGUGAUCACGCUCUCCAUAGCCGAUGUGAGCAAUACCUUUAAACAGGUCAACAUUCACAAGGCCGCGGGGCCAGAUGGAUUACCAGGGCGUGUACUCGGAGCAUGCGCGGACCAACUGGCAAGUGUUACUGACUGAGUCUGUAAUACCAACAUGUUUCAAGCAGACCACCAUAGUCCCUGUUCCCAAGAAUGCGAAGUUAUCCUGCCUAAAUGACUACCACCUCGUAGCACUCACGUCGGUAGCCAUGAAGUGCUUUGAAAGGCUGGCCAUGGCUCACAUCAACACCAUCAUCCCGGAAACCCUAGACCCACUCCAAUUCGCAUACCUCCCCAACAGAUCCACAGAUGACGCAAUCUCAAUCGCACUCCACACUGCCAAAAGGAAAACCUAUGUGAGAAUGCUGUUCAUUGACUACAGCUCAGCGUUCAACACCAUAGUGCCCACAAAGCUCAUCACUAAGCUGAGGACCCUGGGACUAAACACCUCCCUCUGCAACUGGAUCCUGGACUUCCUGACGGGCCGCCCCCAGGUGGUAAGGGUAGGCAACAACACAUCUGCCACGCUGAUCCUCAACACUGGGGCCCCUCAGGGUUGCAUGUUUAGUCCCCUCUUGUAUUCCCUGUUCACCCACGACUGCGUGGCCAAGCACGACUCCAACACCAUCAUUAAGUUUGCUGAUGACACACUGCUGCUUCUCGCUGUUUAUUAUCUAUGCAUAGCCACUUUACCCCAACCUACAUGGACAAACUACCUCGACUAACCUGUACCCCCGCACAUUGACUCGGUACCGGUACCCCCUGUAUAUAGCCUUGUUAUUGUUGUGUAAUUUUAUUGUUACUUUUUAUUUUUUACUUUAGUUUAUUUAGUAAAUAUUUUCUUAACUCUAUUUCUUGAACUGCAUUGUUGGUUAAGGGCUUGUUGGUAAGCAUUUCACAGUAAGGUCUACACCUGUUGUAUUCGGCGCAUAUGACAAAUAACAUUUUAUUUUAUUUUAAUCAGAGAGGUGCGGGGGGCUGCCUCAAUCGACGGCCACGUCAUCAGCGCCCGGGGAGCAGUUGGGGGUUAACUGCCUUGCUCAAGGGCAAAACAGCAGAUUUUUCCACCUUCCCGGCAUGGGGAUUCGAACCAGCGACCUUUCAGUUACUGGCUCAACGCUCUGAAUCGCUAGGCUACCUGCUAGCUCCAACCAGUGUGUUAUUGUACUGUAAUGCACUGUGGUCCUAUGCUUUCAUUGGCAUCUAGUUCUAGUAGGAUUCCACUCGCAGUUUUAAAUAGGCCAGUACGUGUGUUUCCUCUUGCUUAACCAGCAGCCCUUCCCAGAAACAGUUGAGGAAGGGAAGGUGAGUGGGAGGAGGAGGGGGCUUAGCUAAUCAGUGAAGGAUGGUGGAUGGAGUGGAGACCAGUGAUUCAUGGGUAUGGAGGUUGGAGGGCCGUGGGCUCACCGGAUGUAGACGUCACACUGCGUGGAGACAACCAUAUGUCACUGAGGGAAUUGUGGGAACCUAAAUAUAGACAUGAUUUCACAGGAAUACCCCUAUUAGUUGUUUUCCCUAGACCCAUACCAUAGCAUGUGGACACAAUGAUAUCAUAUGACUUAAUGGUAUUAAUAUCUGCCCACUACUAUAAAUACAUUGAAUGUGUUCACUACAUAAUGUUGCAUAGAUAUAGGAUAUUGUAGCUCUAUGUAUUGCAUUUACAAAGAUCCAUGGCUUACAGUAGGGAAAAAAGUAUUUAGUUAGCCACCAAUUGUGCAUGUUCUCCCACUUAAAAAGAUGAGAGAGGCCUGUAAUUUUCAUCAUAGGUACACAUCAACUAUGACAGACAAAAUGAGAAAAAAAUAAUCAGAAAAUCACAUUGUAGGAUUUUUAAUGAAUUUAUUUGCAAAUUAUGGUGGAAAAUAAGUAUUUGGUCAAUAACAAAAGUUUCUCAAUACUUUGUUAUAUACCCUUUGUUGGCAAUGACACAGGUCAAAUGUUUUCUGUAAGUCUUCACAAGGUUUUCACACACUGUUGCUGGUAUUUUGGCCCAUUCCUCCAUGCAGAUCUCCUCUAGAGGAGUGAUGUUUUGGGGCUGACGCUGGGCAACACGGACUUUCAACUCCCUCCAAAGAUUUUCUAUGGGGUUGAGAUCUGGAGACUGGCUAGGCCACUCCAGGACCUUGAAAUGCUUCUUACGAAGCCACUCCUUCGUUGCCCGGGCGGUGUGUUUGGGAUCAUUGUCAUGCUGAAAGACCCAGCCACGUUUCAUCUUCAAUGCCCUUGCUGAUGGAAGGAGGUUUUCACUCAAAAUCUCACGAUACAUGGCCCCAUUCAUUCUUUCCUUUACACGGAUCAGUCGUCCUGGUCCCUUUGCAGAAAAACAGCCCCAAAGCAUGAUGUUUCCACCCCCAUGCUUCACAGUAGGUAUGGUGUUCUUUGGAUGCAACUCAGCAUUCUUUGUCCUCCAAACACGACGAGUUGAGUUUUGACCAAAACGUUCUAUUUUGGUUUCAUCUGACCAUAUCACAUUCUCCCAAUCCUCUUCUGGAUCAUCCAAAUGCACUCUAGCAAACUUCAGACGGGCCUGGACAUGUACUGGCUUAAGCAGGGGGACACGUCUGGCACUGCAGGAUUUGAGUCCCUGGCGGCGUAGUGUGUUACUGAUGGUAGGCUUUGUUACUUUGGUCCCAGCUCUCUGCAGGUCAUUCACUAGGUCCCCCCGUGUGGUUCUGGGGUUUUUGCUCACCGUUCUUGUGAUCAUUUUGACCCCACGGGGUGAGAUCUUGCGUGGAGCCCCAGAUCGAGGGAGAUUAUCAGUGUUCUUGUAUGUCUUCCAUUUCCUAAUAAUUGCUCCCACUGUUGAUUUCUUCAAACCAAGCUGCUUACCUAUUGCAGAUUCAGUCUUCCCAGCCUGGUGCAGGUCUACAAUUUUGUUUCUGGUGUCCUUUGACAGCUCUUUGGUCUUGGCCAUAGUGGAGUUUGGAGUGUGACUGUUUGAGGUUGUGGACAGGUGUCUUUUAUACUGAUAGCAAGUUCAAACAGGUGCCAUUAAUACAGGUAACGAGUGGAGGACAGAGGAGCCUCUUAAAGAAGAAGUUACAGGUCUGUGAGAGCCAGAAAUCUUGCUUGUUUGUAGGUGACCAAAUACUUAUUUUCUACCAUAAUUUGCAAAUAAAUUCAUUAAAAAUCCUACAAUGUGAUUUUCUGGAUUUUUUUUUCUCAUUUUGUCUGUCAUAGUUGACGUGUACCUAUGAUGAAAAUUACAGGCCUCUCUCAUCUUUUUAAGUGGGAGAACUUGCACAAUUGGUGGCUGACUAAAUACUUUUUUUCCCCACUGUACAUGCAGCAACCCUAAUACAUGGACUUCAUUUUUAUGGUAGCGAUUGAACCAUUGUCAAUGGUGAUCUAAGAGGGUGUGGUGCUUACUGUGGCCUGUGAGUAUUGUCCUUUAUCCAUCAGCAUGCUGUCAUUGUUCUUGGCUCAUCCUCUGCUCCCCCUCUGGUAGUGGCGAACCAGGCCAGACCAUGGUCGAUGGGAUGUGUGGACUAGGUGGACCACGAGUGACCGUGGUUGACCGCGGUGUUACCGGAAAACUGCUGUGUGAGGUACCGCAGCUCAUCCCAAGUCCAGAUUUACUUCUGCCUGGAAUCUCCCCACAGCACCACAGGAGAACCUGCACAAACAUUUAUCCCCAGCAUCAUGGGAACAUUGUGCUGUUUCACAAUAAUGUUUCUAACUGUCCUCAAAUUGAUAAUGAUGUUUGGGCAACUGAGGAUGACUAGGCCUUUUUAGAGAAAGAAUGUGUUUCUGAUGUCAUAGUCCUUUAGAGAGUUUCGAUAAAUGUUUAGUCUCACCAUUACAAUGGAACAGUGUUUUUGUCCUUCAACUGGUCAUAAAGUGGCUGUAAGUGUUGUAUACAUUGGGGGCUGUUAAUUCAGUUUUAAAGCAACAUAUUAGACUCAGUUGUGUAUAAAGGACAGUAUACAAAGUGCAGAUCGUGAGAAAGCAGCUUGAGAGGGAUUUUGCGUCACCCAGUAAUGAUAAGUGUUGUCUUUAGAGAGAGGGCCUAUAGGCACACUGGGAAGACUCCCUCAAUGUAUUGCUUAACUGGGCAUGAAGCAAUAUGCUCAAACCACACUCAAAACCCUCACACCACACUUGCAAUUCCUUGUAGCUCCCCAUUGUCCCUGAGUGACUCCCUGUCACUCCUCCUUGUACAGUAUGCCCUAUCCAGUCCAUCCUGGGUAAAAAGAGGUUAGGCCAGGCGAACCCUACCACUCUUCUACUCAGAUGAUGUUCUCUAGACAAACAGUUUCCUUCGCCAUUCUAAACAGAGCCCUUUUCCAGGUGAGGAACUGGAGCAGCCCUGGGCUAUGAGGAUGGAGCUGCCAGGCCAGGGUUUGGACUGAGAGAGACAUCAAAAGCGAGGCGGCCAGCUGCCCGGGACUGGUUCUACGGCAGAGGUUGGCUCUCUCGCUCCCUUCUGCCGGUAUAAAUAGAGCCGGGGUGUGCCACAUCCAGCUGUUCCAAAAUAUUUCCCCCUUGAUUUUCCCUUCUCCUUCUGUACCGGGGCCUCAUUGAAAGCAGUGGCUGUGCUGACGUUUGGGCUCUGGCUUUGUGUAGUCUGCAGAAGGUUCCCCUCCCCCUUUUGCCAAAAGGAGCUGCCUGUUCCUUCUACUGUUUUCCUCAGGUGUGCCGUAGAGUAAGAGCCAACAUCUACAUGCAUGCACUCCCUUGUGUAUGAUCACAUGUACUUGGCAAUAAAUAUUGUGAAAUACAGUAUAGGUCAGAGGGUAGAGCUAAUAUUGCACGAAAGACCAACUUUUGAUGGCUUAUGUAUAUCCAAUCAUAUUUUCACGCUUGUUCAAGCUCUAAAUCUUGCCCCACGCUUCCUAAAGUGAGCAUUAGCACGAAUGGGAACAACAACGUCAUCAAUUCAGGAGAGUGCACUCAAGCUUUCCCUUGGGCUUAGCUCACACCACCUGAGGUGCUAAUAACCUUGUAAUGGGCCUUGCAUGUUAUCAGGCUAUAUCAUGCUGUGUAUGUUAUUCACACAGUAAUGUAGGUUAAACAUGAAGUGAUAAUCAAUAACGCAUGUACAGUACGACUUUCAGCUCAGUGAAUCUAUGGCAGUUGAUCGAUGCCAUGAAUCCCAAUUGGUUCAAUGUUUAUUUUUCGAUUCAGUCUUACAUUAUCUAAACUCAUUUAAUUCAGCCCAACACCAUUUAUACUGUAGUUGUAUGCACACAAAUACAAUCCUUACUGAAUUAUAGUAAGUUGAGGACCUACAGGCAGAGUCCCAACCUGGAAACUGUCUUUCUCCAGCCCUCGGCUUUCCCAUUUAACUCUGAGUGGCGGACUGCUACGUCUGAGUGGCCACUCAGUGGUGGAUUUCCCAACAGCCUUUCUCUUCCUGAUGGAUAAAUCUCCCAGGGCAACACCCUCUACUACAGCCACUGUGUGUCCCGGGACUCCUGGCCAUGUCAGAACAACUCUUGACUCUAUGGUCUGUACUUCCUCAUCCGGACAGAUGUUAAUAGAGAAGGAACCCGUCACUCUCCAGUAUUAGCACCUGUUCUAUGUCCCGGCCUUGUUUAAUUUGCUUAGCCCACUUUCUUUCUUCUCUCCUCAUUUGUUAAUCCAUUGGGCCACUUUAGGGCUUUGGCUCUGAAUAUGAAUUUGGCUUUUACAGUGUAUUAGUCCUAGAGGGAAUGGUGCUUUUAAGGGCUGGGUGUGGGGGGGUUCAAAACCAUUUCCUUUACUCCUAAUUUAGGCCUUCACUAUGCAACAUUUCCCAGUUCCCUCAUGCGCCACUAAAACUAAAUUGUUUUGUUGUUGUGUGCCUGUAGCGUCCCCUCAUUGAUCAGUGUUUUGGAGGGAUACUUGAGUAUUACAUUUUGGCUGUCCUAUCACGUCUUAACCUUGUUUGCAAAAGUGGAUAAUUUACUGUUACCAGCUGUUUAAGGCCUACCUCUCUGACUUUCGAUUAAACUUUCUAAACCCUCUCACAUGCAAAUUGCCUGUUGAACCCCAUUUGAAUUGAGUAAACAAAGUUUGUGAUGCCAGUCGUCUGUUCUAUCAACACCAGGACCUCGACCAUCUGCUCCAAACUCCCGAUGCCAAAUUGACUUUUGGAAUGUUUUAUUUGUCUGUUGCCUCAUUAGCAUAUUGUAAAAAUGAAAAACCCAUCAGAGCUUUGCAAAGACAAACGCCCAGCAAUCUGUCAUGGAAUGUGUUUAUGGGCUUGCACGAAAUGGGGAAAGUCGUUCAAAUUGUUCAACUUCUGGACAAAGCUCAUAAAAAAACAUUGUACUUUUACUUUCCAAAAACUUUUACUGCAAUUUCUAAACAUCAUAAAUCAAUCAAGACAUGAGAAAUCAGCAACUGCAUCAUAAGAAAAGGUAUGAGUAAUUACAUAAACUGGCAUCAUGUUGCAUCAUGUUGUUAACAUGAAACUGAUGGGAGGUAUCAUGAAACUGAUGCAAAAACUGGUUGUAUGCCAAUGCCUCCUCCAAACUAUCCAUUGAAGACCUUUCGGGCAGAAACAUAAUGUUUUGAAUUAGAACUCAAUAAAAGUGAAAUGUUCUGCUAUCAACCAAUCUUUUCUCUAUGUACAGUGAGGGAAAAAAGUAUUUGAUCCCCUGCUGAUUUUGUACGUUUGCCCACUGACAAAGAAAUUAUCCGUCUAUAAUUUUUAUGGUAGGUUUAUUUGAACAGUGAGAGACAGAAUAACAACAAAAAAAUCCAGAAAAACGCAUGUAAAAAAUGUUAUAAAUUGAUUUGCAUUUUAAUGAGGGAAAUAAGUAUUUGACCCCCUCUCAAUCAGAAAGAUUUCUGGCUCCCAGGUGUCUUUUAUACAGGUAACGAGCUGAGAUUAGGAGCACACUCUUAAAGGGAGUGCUCCUAAUCUCAGUUUGUUACCUGUAUAAAAGACACCUGUCCACAGAAGCAAUCAAUCAAUCAGAUUCCAAACUCUCCACCAUGGCCAAUACCAAAGAGCUCUCCAAGGAUGUCAGGGACAAGAUUGUAGAACUACACAAGGCUGGAAUGGGCUACAAGACCAUCGCCAAGCAACUUGGUGAGAAGGUGACAACAGCUGGUGCGAUUAUUAGCAAAUGGAAGAAACACAAAAGAACUGUCAAUCUCCCUCGGCCUGGGGCUCCAUGCAAGUUCUCACCUCGUGGAGUUGCAAUGAUCAUGAGAACGGUGAGGAAUCAGCCCAGAACUACACGGGGGGAUCUUGUAAAUGAUCUCAAGGCAGCUGGGACUAUAGUCACCAAGAAAACAAUUGGUAACACACUACGCCGUGAAGGACUGAAAUCCUGCAGCGCCCGCAAGGUCCCCCUGCUCAAGAAAGCACAUAUACAGGCCCGUCUGAAGUUUGCCAAUGAAACAUUAUGCUAAGGGAGUGUUUUUCUGCUAAGGGGACAGGACAACUUCACCGCAUCAAAGGGACGAUGGACGGGGCCAUGUACCGUCAAAUCUUGGGUGAGAACCUCCUUCCCUCAGCCAGGGCAUUGAAAAUGGGUCAUGGAUGGGUAUUCCAGCAUGACAAUGACCCAAAACACACGGCCAAGGCAACAAAGGAGUGGCUCAAGAAGAAGCACAUUAAGGUCCUGGAGUGGCCUAGCCAGUCUCCAGACCUUAAUCCCAUAGAAAAUCUGUGGAGGGAGCUGAAGGUCAGAGUUGCCAAACGUCAGCCUCGAAACCUUAAUGACUUGGAGAACAUCUGCAAAGAGGAGUGGGACAAAAUCCUUUCUGAGAAGUGUGCAAACCUGGUGGCCAACUACAAGAAACGUCUGACCUCUGUGAUUGCCAACAAGGGUUUUGCCACCAAGUACUAAGUCAUGUUUUGCAGAGGGGUCAAAUACUUAUUUCCCUCAUUAAAAUGCAAAUCAAUUAAUAAAAUUUUUGACAUGCGUUUUUCUGGAAGAUUUUGUUGUUAUUCUAUCUCUCACUGUUCAAAUAAACCUACCAUUAAAAUUAUAGACUGAUCAUGUCUUUGUCAGUGGGCAAACGUACAAAAUCAGCAGGGGAUCAAAUACUUUUUUCCCUCACUGUAUGCCUCCUCUAAGAGGCCAAUGACGAGAGGUUCACAGCUUUCCCGAUCCCAGGAUCAAGUGACUUUGCUGGGUGUAAUUGCAUACAUUGUCUCCUUACUUCCGCAGCCGCUUUUCCAAAGACCCAGUGUACUGUAGCCUAACCCUGGAAAAUGGGAAUGUCUCUUUUCCCUCUUAGACAAAGAGGAAUGCUCUGCGGCCCUGAUCGUUUCUGCAGGACUGGCUCUGCCAAAGACCCUGUCUGUCCCAUUGAUGUUGGUUCUCACUUUUUUCAAAUGUAGAAGCCAGCUGAAAUGUAGCUAGGUUAGUGAAUUGAUUAGCACUAAUAGCCCUGGUGCCAUGACUCUAUUACUGCACCACCACAGCAAAGUUGGAUUGAAAUAGCAACUGUUUUGGUAGUGGUAGUGUUUAUUCUUCUACUUAGGCUAUGCAUUGGGGGUAAGACAUAGCCUACACGCAUAUCUGUGUUUUCCUAAAAUAGAUGAACUUGGAGUGAAGUAGUGGCCGUGUUCUGUUAUUAAAUCAUAUUGGUUAACCACCUGCUCGAUCAUCACUUGAAGGGAAACUGGAGUAGGAGGCAUGAAGAGUACUCUUUCAUUAAUUCUGAUUCCUCAAUUAGAGCACCAGUUAGAACUAAAGGUGUUCAUACAGUAAGACUUAGUAUGAAUCAUAUCCUUAUGCACAGUAUUUUCUCAACAUAUCUUAGAACACUGUGCAGAUGUCCGAAGAUGACUUUGAAAUAUCUCUGAACGGCCAGCGAUUGCCUCAAUGAGAAGUGCCACGGACAUUGCUUACUUCUAACUCCUUCCUUCCCUCACUUCGAAACCCAUGAACCAUUGGCAGGUCCCUUGGCCAAAGUGUUCAGACUCUUCACCAUCAAAUACAUCUCCAUCACAAACCUGGUGUUCAGUAUUCUCAGGAAACUUCCACUCUGAAAAUAGUCUGCCUGUCUGUCUGUUUUCCAGACAGAUGUUUCCCUCAUGGAAACACACUCGGAUCAAGAUGGAUCCUAAUGGAAGCCAGAUGACCCUGAAUUCCAUGACAAUAAUUAUCAUGCCCCGUUAGCAGUCUGUAAUGGCUUACGAUGUGAUACACUGAGCAUCCGAUGCAUAGUUUGCGGUGGCUGGUCAGUAGCACAAGGCUUACCAUUACUGUAAAAACAACUUAAACGGUGUGUCGUCUGGUCUUUCUCUCUUCUGGGAACAGUGUGUCAUGCCGGUGUCAGGUUGGGAGAGGUGUGUUAUGUCUACGACUUAAUUCAAUUAUUUUCUGGAAGUACAACUUCAAAGGCCGUGGCACGUUUAUCUUGUGUAGAGACUUGGCUAUGAUGAAAUGUGGUGGUUUACUUACAAAGAAGAUCACAAAUCCCUAGGAACUAGUGUACAUGUAAGUGUGGGUUUGAAGAUGGCAAUGAUAGAUGGUUGGCUCUAGAUUGAGUGUUUUUCUUGAUGCCCAAACACUUUUACCACACAUUUACCACACCAAGCACAAUUAAAGACCUCAGAGAAACCACUGAAUAACCUCUAUAACCCUCAUGAUGAACAAGUGGAUGUUCUGACAGUCUUGUUUGGAAUAUGUAGUUAUUCAUCCAUUCACUUACCUGUUAAAAAAAUAUUCAUCAACUUUCAGGAUUGAUCUUGAUUUUGUAAAGGUUUCAUCAAUCCGUAGAACACUGUUUCUAGUUACUACAGCACAUGCACACAUAGUAUGGGAAUAGUUCUGAGGUUUUGCAAUGCUGAUUUCAAAGGGGCAGAUCAAAUCCACUCAGGCCAGGUGUGUGAUUACAGUCAGUAAUUUGCGUAUGCUUCGUUCGUCUCUCAAGGCCAAGUUAAUCUUUGGGCAGGGUUUUAUGUGGACAGGCUGUCUUUGGUUUAGAUGCCAGGAGAUCUUUUUGAACAGCGGCCUGGGUCAGGGUCCCCCUGCUCUCCUCCUCUCCUCAUCUGCGUAAGUCAUUUCGCUGCUGUCUGCUUCCUUGAUGUGGCAGCUUUGAACGGCCAUCAUAAAAAUUAGAACAUCAUAAAUAUGCAGGGAUGGAUGCACCAUGUGUUGCGUUGGAUAAUUGAUGCGCCUCCUUAGAAUUACUUUACCCCCUAGAAUCAGAGCUUGAUAAGUACCUAUUUAUAAUGUACAUCUAAGUACAUUCUGGCCACUUUCCUGGCUAAUGGGCUAAUGUUGUUGUCAAUAAUGUGUUUUGUUUGACCUCUCUUAGAUCGCCUUUUUGUCUAGCCGCUCAUUGUUUUAUUAAUUGCCAACUAACAUCUGAAGUUUUACGAUGAAUGUUUUACAGUACCACUGUAACAUUAUACAUUAUAUUAGACCCAGGCCCCUACUUCACAAUGAUCCUUGGGCAAUUAUAACGGUCAAAUAACUUUUUAGGUCCCUCCAUUAUAACUGUGGUGAUUCACUCAGGAUUGCUAUUUGGGCACAGAUGUUACGUGACAAUUAGCUUCGUCCAACAUGAUGACACCUGCAAAGGUGGGGUCGUUUGAUGACUCAUGUCCCCUCUCAGUUCGAAGUGCUGCCCUUUAGUUUGUGGAAAAUUCCAUGGGUCCAAUAGACUGGUGAGAAAAAAUUUAUUCAAUGUUUUACCUAUUUGUCUGCAUGCCAACGACCCAACAUCCAACGGAACUCAACUAUAUAAUUUAGUGAGGCGAGGGGAGUGGGGGGAUUUAAGAAUGUCACACAGAGGUGUUUGGAGGUUAGGGAAGUGUGAUUCACGACAGCCUUCGGCCCUAAAUGAUCCACUUGUCUGACUUUCACACGCAAAAUAUACAGUACCAGUCAAAGGUUUGGACACACCUACACAUUCAAGGGUUUUUCUCUGCAUGUGUAGUUCCCACUGUAAAGCAUGGAGGAGGAGGUGUUAUGGUGUGGGGGUGGGUUGCUGGUGACACUGUCUGUGAUUGAUUUAGAAUUCAAGGCACACCUAACCAGCAUGGCUACCACAGCAUUCUGCAGCGAUACACCAUCCCAACUGGUUUGGGCUAUAAUUUGUUUUUCAACAGGACAAUGACCCAACACACCUCCAGGCUGUGUAAUGGUUCUUUUACCAAGAAGGAGAGUGAUGGAGUGCUGCAUCAGAUGACCUGGCCUCCACAAUCCCCCGACCUCAACCCAAUUGAGAUGGUUUGGGAUGAGUCGGACCGCAGAGUGAAGGAAAAGCAGCCAACAAGUGCUCAGCAUAUGUGGGAACUCCUUCAAGACUGUUGGAAAAGCAUUCCAGGUGAAGCUGGUUGAGAGAAUACCAAGAGUGUGCAAAGCUAUCAUCAAAGCAAAGGGUGGCUAUUUGAAGAAUGUUUUAACACUUUUUUGGUUAUUACAUGAUUCCAUAUGUGUUAUUUCAUAGAUUUGAUGUCUUCACCAAAGGAUGGGCUUCCCUGAAGCAUGUCCAUUAUGUGCCAGACCUGGUUGUCUGGUGCGUUACUGUAAAAGACAGCAACCUCAUGUUGUGAAACCAAACCUAGACUGGUGAAAUCAUUGGCCAUAUAAUUAGAUUUUGUGUGUUUUCUGAAUUACUUUACCAUACUGAACACAUUGUUAAUGGUUUUUGGGUGGGAACAAGAAAGGCAAAUACAGUCAUUCAUGCAGCUGUGAGAAAACAGAAGCUGAGACAAAUCAAAAUGUACACGUCUGAAAGCGCAUAAGCACUAAAGGCCCACCAAGGAUAUUUUAUGGAUAGGAACCUUUGGGUGGAUGUUUUGCUGAAAAAACUAUAAAGGAUAUAUCAAUCACUACUGUAAUACAGUCUGGACUAAUAAAAUCGUUUCCGUAGUGUGUGAAAAAACAACUCCCCAUCUUAUGUCAGUGACAUACAGUCUGUAAUAAUAGAAUAAUAUGUAAUAAUUGUCUUUGGCUGAGUAUUACGUAACUCCUGAAGAUGAGCGGUUGACAGUGUAGGCACACUUAACCAGCCAUCAGUGAAUCAAUACAAAACAGUGAGCACGUCUCAGCAUGAGAUGGUGUUAUGCCAGGUUUAGUGGCCAGACUUAUUUGUUCCUCCUUCUGACGUUCCGUGCUGCAAGUGUAACCUCACUAGAUAGGAUGUGGUCUCUUCCCUACACAGUGUCUCCCGUCAUCGCCACAUUGAUGGGAAUGACUGGGAGAUGCGCAGAUUACACAUCCAGACAGAGUUGGCUGCCACAACUCUGCCCUCCCAAAACCUCCUCGGUCAUCCUAGAACAGGCCCCCACAGGGAAACCACUAUCCUCAGUCAUUCUCAUAUACAUGUUAUAUCAGGUGUCUCCCUGCUGCAUAGCUCACAUGUACCGAAUACAAAGUGAUUCAGCUUGCAUCUGCGGUUCAGUGAAUGUGCUUUUCUCUGGCACUGAUGGAACUACUAACCACAAAGGGAGCUACCUACCAUAAAUGGUCAGUGACUGUUGAUCGGUAUGUAGCUUAUUCUUCAGAAUUUAAAUAAUGUAUUGAGAGAUCCAUUGAGGAGUCCAUUUCUCUUUCUAUGAGCCAAUGUGUUUCACCUAAACAGAGGAUACUUAUUAUCUGGGUUCUGAAGCUCUUUGUACUAUUUUUAGGGAUUUCAAGUGGUUGACUCACUAGUGUAAAUGGAUUGUGUAGUCAUGAUUAUAUCGCUUACAGAGUUUGAAAGUGGAUUAUAGAUUCACAAUUACACUUCCAACUCACACACAAACUAAAGUUGAUUUUAGCCUAUGAUGGAUGCAAGUUUGAUUGUGUUAUCUUGCCAGUACAGCUUGGGGCUGUAGUUUCAAGAUCUCUCAACACGGUUGGCACUGAUGUCCUAACAACCUUGCGUCUGUCGAAGAGUAGAGCGCUAUAAAUACUAACAAGACAACAUCCAGACGGGGGUCUUCUCUGUUCUGUUCAGUCCUGUCCACUGACAGCCAGACGAGGGGUGGAUAAAACGAUAGCAGCAGCUGCCUUUGCCCUAGCAGGUCUGUCAGGCUUGAGCUCAUGGCUGUGUGCCUUCUGCUCUCACUGAACAUCUCUCUGCUUAUCUAAAUGUUUUCUCUCAGUGUGUGUCAGGAAGAGUCUGUGUUUUUAUACCCAGGCCCACCUUAUAACGCUGAUGUUAUGUUAUAUUGUACCGCAACGACUGCAAUAAAAAUGUAAGUGAUGUUACACACACAACCCAUUCAUGUUGUUCAGGAAAUGUACUCCUCAGAAGAAUACUUUAUAGACAAAUUAUCAGUUUUUACCAUACCAUAUCACAACUUGACAUGCCAUAUUAUAUUAUUACCACCACCAUAACACUGUUAACUGACCAAGUUUCUCUAGUGUCUGCCUAGUGUAAUAUACAUUUGUGUCAGAAUGCAUGUAACUGAUGUAAUGGCUUUGAUACUGUCUAGUCUAACUAAAGGGGGCUGUUAAAUAGAGAACGAUGACGCAAACUCUCCAGUGAGUCUAUAUCUCAUCUCCGUGUGCCAUUUCAAACAAGUGGGGAAAAAAUAGGAGAUUUAGAAAGGGGUUUCAAACUGGAUAAGCCCUCUCUUUAGAUUACAUUCCCCAUCUAACAAUGGUAUCAGGGGAUCGAUCAGUGGCAAGAAUGUGUUUAAAGAACAAGUUUGAAGUAAUCUGUUGACGUUUCAUCCUCCUCUCACAUUGCACACCACACUAUGAGAAAGCCCGUGAUGUCUGCGGUGGGGCUGGGUUGUCUAAACCCAUCCCAAGAAGCUGUGGUCUCGCCCUUUCUCGUUUCCCAGAACUUCUCUUCUGUGUAAUAAACCAACAUUAUUCAGAAAAUACCUCAUGCUUCCCUAAAUUGGGUGGCUUUAAAUUCAAUGUGGUAGUUCCAUAAUGGUCUUUGAGAAGUCUUUCUCUUUUAAAUUAGGUUUUGAUUCUAUACCAUACGUCAGGUCUGAGCUAUGCCUCACAAUUAAGUUUAGGGAGGAACUUGUGUUUUCCUUUUAGUAGUCAGUCACUUUCAUGCAUUGUGCAGUUAAAUCAUAGCCAAGUCAUAGUCAUUGGAGCCCUUGUCAAUCAUAUUAGGUAUAUAUAGAUACUGGUUUUCAUUAUAGGAACCUCAGUGUAGCUCUAAAAUGCUUUCCCUGCUUCACAGUCCUAACACGCUACCGUUACGAUAUCAAGGUUGCUCUUCAGAGAAACCCUCCAUUCAUUUAGUUGUUAUUAGGACAUCUGCCGGUGGUUUUCCAGACUGUGGUAACACUCUACUUUGUUCUUUCCCAGGUGACAACACCAACAUUCCCCGUGGUAGUCAAGAUGGGCCAUGCCCAUGCCGGCAUCGGCAAGGUAAGCUUCCCUGCGACGUUGAUCCCCCCACCUACACACACACACCACCACUAAGGUCUGGGCACUCCCUGGCUGCUCAUCUCUCCACCCCACCAUUGCAUGUUUUGCUUUGUUUGUAUUUGUUAUACUAACCUAUUACAUACUGUGCAGUUAGGAGUUGAGCUGUACAUAACAGACCAGGCUCCUUAUCUCUUCUCUUUGUAUCUGUGAGCUUGCCAGAGUGAUGAUGGCAUGCUUUCCUUCCAUAAGCAGACCAUCAGUCUCAGAGAGGAGGUGGAGAAGGGUGUGAAGCUGAGCUGGAUCUGGUCCUUGUCGAAACCCAUGAUCUCACAGCCUGUCUGAUAGGAAGGGGCUUUUUCAGGGAGUUUACAUGUUCAUAAGGAGUUAGGGAGGAGAUUUGGGAGUGACAUGGGCAUCGGCAAGCUGAUCAGUGUCAGGAUCUAAAGACCUCUCUUCUAGUUACCUAAUUAAGGCCUGGAUAUGCUACUGUAAGUGUGAGUCUGCAGCAGUGCAAAGCAGCAGUGCAAAAGAUAGACAAAGCUUGAACAUGCAUAUAUCCUCUGUGGUCCUCUGUAGCUCAAUUGGUAGAGCAUGGCGCUUGUAACGCCAGGGUAGUGGGUUCUGCUAAAUGGCAUAUUAUUAUUAUUAUAUUAUUAUCCAAUUUUUCCUUAUCUUUUUCCUCUUCUUUGUUUCACCAUUUUGUUCUACAGUCCAUGUUUGAUAAAAUUCCAUCCUCUAUUAAAUACAAAAUUCUAAACGCUGGAGAGAAGCCGUCUCAUGCCUCAUAACCCCAAUACAAUUUUUCUCAUAAGACCAUUGUAAAUAACAACAAGGAUUAAAACAAGCAUGUGACUGUUCGCCUCGGUGCACCCAGGCACCGGGCAGGCAGCAUAACAACUAGCUAAGUGGGUCAUUUGCAAGUGGCACCACCACAGGGUGCACGCAAACACACAGGGAAGCAAAAAACACACACACACACACACUUUCAACAGCAUGCAGUUCAGUGAACAGCCAACCAAAGCGAGUGAUUACUAGCCCCAAAUGGAUCCCUCUUCACAUAUAAUACAGGACCUCCCUGGCUGAGUCUGUGCGUUCACACAGUACACAGGGGGAAGUACUUCCUAUAAGUUUAUCCCCCCUUUUCAUCUGAAGGGCUGGGUUGGGUUUCCUCCUUUACAGGAACCUGGAGUGCUAUAGAGUUCCCACAUGCCCUCUGGAUCACUUAGCAUAGGCCCAUUGUAGACCAGGACCUCACUUAACCCCCCUGACCUCACAGUGGACUGAGAACUGGGGGAGAGAAGAGGGUCUGGAUGUAGGCCAGGCCAUUCAAGUGCUUCACAUGGCUUUUAAGUUGAGCUGAGAGACUCUUAAAAUUCAUGUAUCUGGAGUUGUGGAAUUGGGACUAGGACUAUGGCCAGUGUUACGAUUUUCAGUUGUUUUAAUACUACGUUUGCUUAACCUAAUGCCCUUAUUAGAUUACAUGUAAUAAAGUGCAGAGUGUUUUCACUUCAACAGUUCUUUAUUAUCUGUAGCCUAAAUGCAAUGUUACGGCAAAAUCUUUUAGGAUGACAAGGUGUGUACCGUAAAAAAAAGUCAAUCCAUUUUGUUGUUGUUUUUUUAUGAAAUCAGAUCUCAGAAAGAGACCUAUACAGCCUGUCCAUCACAUGGAGUUGUUAAUUCUGGUUGGGGGAGUUGAGAAUGGCUCACUAAAGGGUAGACAGACUUAGCAGACACUGGAUAAUAUUUCUCAACCAUUGAAACUGGGCAGUGUCCAGAAUCACAUUGCUUUCCACCUCAUGCACCUCUUGAUCUAACUGCCAGUACAUACCCUCUUAAUUACCUUAUGGUUUCUGCUUCCAAUAUUAUGGUUUACUUUAUUUACUCAAUGGUUCACCUUAUUCUCGGCAUGGCUUCUCGUAUUUACACCAUGGUUUGGCUCCUUUUUCUCUGGCUCUCCAGAUGUAUUGGGUUACAACAGUGAGUAGCCAAGUACACAAAUACUUUCCUCAUACAGUGGGGAAAAAAGUAUUUAGUCAGCCACCAAUUGUGAAAGUUCUCCCACUUAAAAAGAUGAGUGAGGCCUGUACUUUUCAUCAUAGGUACACGUCAACUAUGACAGACAAAAUUAGGAAAAAAAAUCCAGAAAAUCACAUUGUAGGAUUUUUAAUGAAUUUAUUAGCAAAUUAUGGUGGAAAAUAAGUAUUUGGUCAAUAACAAAAGUUUCUCAAUACUUUGUUAUAUACCCUUUGUUGGCAAUGACACAGGUCAAACGUUUUCUGUAAGUCUUCACAAGGUUUUCACACACUGUUGCUGGUAUUUUGGCCCAUUCCUCCUAUGCAGAUCUCCUCUAGAGCAGUGAUGUUUUGGGGCUGUCACUGGGCAACACAGACUUUCAACUCCCUCCAAAGAUUUUCUAUGGGGUUGAGAUCUGGAGACUGGCUAGGCCACUCCAGGACCUUGAAAUGCUUCUUACGAAGCCACUCCUUCGUUGCCCGGGCGGUGUGUUUGGGAUCAGUGUCAUGCUGAAAGACCCAGCCACGUUUCAUCUUCAAUGCCCUUGCUGAUGGAAGGAGGUUUUCACUCAAAAUCUCACGAUACAUGGCCCCAUUCAUUCUUUCCUUUACACGGAUCAGUUGUCCUGGUCCCUUUGCAGAAAAACAGCCCCAAAGCAUGAUGUUUCCACCCCCAUGCUUCACAGUAGGUAUGGUGUUCUUUGGAUGCAACUCAGCAUUCUUUGUCCUCCAAACACGACGAGUUGAGUUUUUACCAAAAAGUUAUAUUUUGGUUACAUCUGACCAUAUGACAUUCUCCCAAUCCUCUUCUGGAUCAUCCAAAUGCACUCUAGCAAACUUCAGACGGGCCUGGACAUGUACUGGCUUAAGCAGGGAGACACAUCUGGCACUGCAGGAUUUGAGUCCCUGGCGGCGUAGUGUGUUACUGAUGGUAGGCUUUGUUACUUUGGUCCCAGCUCUCUGUAGGUCAUUCACUAGGUCCCCCCGUGUGGUUCUGGGAUUUUUGCUCACCGUUCUUGUGAUCAUUUUGACCCCACGGGGUGAGAUCUUGCGUGGAGCACCAGAUCGAGGGAGAUUAUCAGUGGUCUUGUAUGUCUUCCAUUUCCUAAUAAUUGCUCCCACAGUUGAUUUCUUCAAACCAAGCUGCUUACCUAUUGCAGAUUCAGUCUUCCCAGCCUGGUGCAGGUCUACAAUUUUGUUUCUGGUGUCCUUUGACAGCUCUUUGGUCUUGGCCAUAGUGGAGUUUGGAGUGUGACUGUUUGAGGUUGUGGACAGGUGUCUUUUAUACUGAUAACAAGUUCAAACAGGUGCCAUUAAUACAGGUAACGAGUGGAGGACAGAGGAGCCUCUUAAAGAAGAAGUUACAGGUCUGUGAGAGCCAGAAAUCUUGCUUGUUUGUAGGUGACCAAAUACUUAUUUUCCACCAUAAUUUGCAAAUAAAUUCAUAAAAAAUCCUACAAUGUGAUUUUCUGGAUUUUCUUUCCCCAAUUUGUCAGUCAUAGUUGACGUGUACCUAUGAUGAAAAUUACAGGCCUCUCUCAUCUUUUUAAGUGGGAGAACUUGCACAAUUGGUGGCUGACUAAAUACUUUUUUCCCCCACUGUAUGAACAGAGGAAAACCAUUUCCCCCUUGUCUAGCUACCUCCACCUCUAUGUCAAACAUACUCAAGAUGCUAAGUAAGAAUCUUAGAGUAGUUAUGACAGAGAAAGAAAUGCCUGAUCCAAAAAGUGGGCCAACUCAAGCCCUCCCCUAUAACUUUACCAUAGUAGACCGCUCCAUCUCACUUGUGAAUUGGGCCACUGGAGAGAAGAGAUGAGCUGAAAGGCGAGAGGAGUGUGGGUGGGAAAGUGAGAGCAUCAGUCCAGUCCGUCCCUGUCCACGACAGCCCCUCACUGUUCCCACCGACUCCCACCGCAUGGUGAAUGAAUCAUAGUGCCAACGAUAACAGCCAGAGGGAUGAUAAUGAGAGUCAAUGGAGGGAAUAUGAAGGGAAUGUCCAGGACUCUGGCUGCUAUCAUCAUACAUCAUAUGGAUGAUAUAUAUUCAGAUAGCUAUACAUUACAGGCUGUUGAUUUAUAUCUGUCUUCUACUCCUUUACCCCUUUUCCCAUGGUCUAAGAGAGUUUCCCUCUUUCAACAGCUAUCAAUACAGACAGAUCUGGUUGGUAAUUGGGUGUCUUAGGUUUAGUGUGCCUGUCAGUUAUUAUAUUUAAUCCUGUUUACAUUAUAAAGACAAAAUAUACUGUAGAUUAGCAUUUACUGUACUGUAUGAAAAAGGAAUCUACAGAAUUUUACAGUUUGUUCUCUUUGGAUAAGUUGUGGAUCGAUUUGAAUUUAGCUACUGUUUGUUAUUUCCAUCAAAAUGUUGUCUAGCAUAUUAGUGGUGGAAGAGGAGAGUUUACUCCCUUACUAUGUAAAGCGCUUUUGAGCACCUACUGUAAGUGGAAACGCGCUAUAUACAGUGCAUUCAGAAAGUAUUCAGACCCCUUGACUUUUACAUUUUGUUACGUUACAGCCUUAUUCUAAAAUGGAUUAAAUAAAAAAGUCCUCAAUCUAUGCACAAUACCCCAUAAUGACAAAGCGAAAACAGGUUUUUAGAAAUUUUUGCAAAUUUAUGAACGAUAAAAAACUGAAAUACCUUAUUUACAUAAGUAUUCAGACCAUUUGCUAUGAGACUCGAAUUUGAGCUCAGGUGCAUCCUGUUUCUAUUGAUCAUCCUUGAGAUGUUUCUACAACUUGAUUGGAGUCCACCUGUGGUAAAUUCAGUUGACUGGACAUGAUUUGUAAAGGCACACACCUGUCUAUAUAAGGUCCCACAGUUGACAGUGCAUGUCAGAGCAAAAACCAAGCCAUGAGGUCGAAGGAAUUAUCCGUGGAGCUCCGAGACAGGAUUGUGUCGAGGCACAGAUCUGGGGAAGGGUACCAAAAAAUGUCUGCAGCAUUGAAGGUCCCCAACAACAAAGUGGCCUCCAUCAUUCUUAAAUGGAAGAAGUUUGGAACCACCCAAACUCUUCCUAGGGCUGGCCGCCAGGCCAAACUGAGCAAUCGGGGGAGAAGGGCCUUGGUCAGGGAGGUGACCAAGAACCCGAUGGUCAAGCUGACAGAGCUCCAGAGUUCCUCUGUGGAGAUGGGAGAACCUUCCAGAAGGACAUCCAUCUCUGCAGCACUCUACCUAUUAGGCCUUUAUGGUAGAGUGGUCAGACGGAAGCCACUCCUCAGUAAAAGGCACAUGACAGCCCGCUUGGAGUUUACCAAAAGGCACCUAAAGACUCUCAGACCAUGAGAAACAAGAUUCUCUGGUCUGAUGAAACCAAAAUUGAACUCUUUGGCCUGAAUGCCAAGCGUCACGUCUGGAGGAAACCUGGCACCAUCCGUAAGGUGAAGCUUGGUGGUGGCAGCAUCAUGCUGUGGGGAUGUUUUUCAGCGGCAUGGACAGGGAGACUAGUCAGGAUCGAGGCAAAGAUGAACGGAGCAAGGUACAGAGAGGUUCACCUUCCAACAGGACAGUGAACCUAAGCACAGCCAAGACAACGCAGGAGUGGCUUCGGGACAAGUCUCUGAAUGUCCUUGAGUGGCCCAACCAGAGCCCGGACUUGAACCCAAUCAAACAUCUCUGGAGAAACCUGAAAAUAGCUGUGCAGCAAUGCUCCCCAUCCAACCUGACAGAGCUUGAGAGGAUCUGCAGAGAGGAAUGGGAGAAACUCCCCAAAUAUAGGUGUGCCAUGCUUGUAGCAUCAUACCCAAGAAGACUCAAGGCUGUAAUCGCUGCCAAAGGUGCUUCAACAAAGUACUGAGUAAAGGGUCUGAAUACUUAUGUAAAUGUGAUAUUUUAAAAACCUGUUUUUGCUUUGUCAUAAUGGGGUAUUGUGUGUAGAUUGAAGGAUUUUUUUUAAAUAAUCCAUUUUAGAAUAAGGCUCUAACGUACAAAAUGUGGAAAAAGUCAAGGGGUUUGAAUACUUUCCGAAUGCGCUGUAAAUGCAAUCAAUUAUUACUGUAAUGUCUGUAUAUGAAGUCACUGUGUAGCUGAUGGUCUCAUGGGUGUGCGAAACGUGCAGCUCCUAAAAUCCUAACAUUUUCCAGAGAGUAAGCUUUUCAUUAUCCUGUCUGUUGGAUUUACAUUCCUGUGGGAUUCUAACAGUCUACUUCAGCUCCUGUCUCAUUGCUUUUAUAGCAUGUUUGGUAAUUAACCAUCACAAAGCACCAAUUAGGCAUAUCUUCCUGCCGAUUAACUAAUUAGUGGCAUCUUCCUGUUUCAGAUCAAAGUGGAGAACGAACUUGACUUCCAGGAUAUUACCAGUGUGGUGGCGUUGGCCAGAACAUAUGCCACCUCUGAGCCCUACGUCCUGUCCAAGUACGACAUCAGGAUCCAGAAAAUUGGCAACAACUACAAGGCCUACAUGUAAGUAUGAUGUAGUCUCUAUGCAGUGUACACUGGGUUUUGUCUGUGACUUGGACAUGUCAGGAGUGAAUGUGACUAGAAUGAAACUAUAUGGCUUGCAUGUGAAUGACUUUACCAGAGAGGGGGAGAGAUAGACAUGGAAACAGAGACAGAUGAAGGGAAACAAAAAGAGACUGAGAGAAAGAGAGAGAUGGAUAGAGAGACAGAGACAGACCUUAGAAUAGUCCAGCUUUUAUACCAAUGUGAGUGUGGGAAGAGGCCCAUGGUACACUCUUCCCAGUCAGUGGAGCCGUGCAGGGCUCACCCACACCACAGCACUUCCUUUUCCUUCUCUACCCUGGGACAACGACCAGGGUUGCACCCUGCACUGGCAUUCCAUUCUCUCUCCCAGAGGGAAGUGACAGCAUCAGCCAACGUGACUGUGACCACUGGGCAACUUCAGCCUUAUAGGCUCAAUCUCAGCUUGAACUGAUAUUAUCUUCUCUGAGUAACCAGCCACUUCAAUUUCAAAUGCUCAACAGCACCCUCUUGAAUACAAUUUAAAGCACCAUGUACAGUAACAAUGAAAGUGUGAAUCUACGCCCUUUCUACUUUCAUGUCUCUCAAUUCAAACAAUUAUUGCUUGACUAAGAGGAGUGGAAUUUACUUCCUUAUCUCAAGUUAUUUCCUCGGCGUACAUUGCAAUCAUCAUCAAUGUAGAAUUCAACUAUAACAUUUCCCCCCAGGGUCUUCUGUUGAACUACAAAAAUAAACACAAUGACUAAGCUAGCUGACCAUUGCUUUCCAUUCUGGUCCAGAGAAUAGCUGAAUGCCUGAUUCAUUUCCUUGAUUUUCUCUUUGAUUUGAUUUCACCUUUUCUAGGAGGACGUCCAUCUCAGGCAACUGGAAGGCUAACACAGGCUCAGCCAUGUUGGAACAGAUCGCUAUGACAGACAGGUAAGCUGGCAUAUAGACACUUUGUUAGACAUAACAUAUAAUCCUUAUUAUAAGAAAUUAUGAAAGCUUAUAGAUUUUUUUUAUUUAUUAUUGUGUUUUUUUAUAUAGCAUUAUACCUGUAGGCUUUAAGUAAAGUGUUACCAAAAGUUGUUUUUCACUGCAAAAGUCUGUUUUGUAAUUGACAAUGACUUAUCAGUUGUGGAUGUCACUGUGUUCCAGAUAUCGUCUGUGGGUGGACUCCUGUGCCGAGAUGUUUGGGGGCCUUGAUAUCUGUGCUGUGAAAGCCGUCCACGGAAAAGAUGGUAACGACUACAUUAUCGAG